AUGUUAUAUAAAACAAGUGAAGAAAAAUCUAAUGAAUAUAAUUCAACAAUUGAUCAAGAAAAUGAAAAUCAAGGUGAAAUAAUUGUAUCACGUAGUAGUAGUCAAUCAAUUCAACAUCCAUUACCAGAUAAACGUGAAGCAUUACGUUUAAAUAAUUUACCAUCAACAACAUUAUGUGCAUAUGUUAAUCAUAAAGUAACUUUAUGUAAACCAAUAACACGUUCAAAAGCAAUAUCAUGUGCACCAAUUACAUUUAAUCGUGCAACACAAACAUUAUUAGAUGAUCAAACACCACCAAUUAGUUUAUUACCAAUACCAGUUGGACUUGUUACACCAUUACCAUUAGCUUUAGGUACAACUGAUUGUCCUGUACCUGUACCUAUACCAAUACCAGUUCCAUUUCCACUUUUUUUUGUUGUUAAUGAUCAAAAAUUUCAAGAUUAUGAAAUAUAUUUACAAAAAUUAAAAGAUAUUUUACCAACAAAUGAUGAUGAUUCACAAUUAUUAGCUUAUGCACAAACACUUUUUCCUAAUGAUGAUAUUCUUGGUUUAGGAAAAUUUAAUCCAAAGAGUUCACCAUUGGAUGAAGUUGAAGAUGCUGACCUUCAUAUUGUUGGACGAGGAUCAAAUGGAAAUAAUCAAAUUGAACAAGAAUUAACAGCUGGAGAUAAUGUUUUAAAUAAAUUAGUAUUUGAAUUUGAAGAUUUUGAUUUAUCAACAAUGGCAUUAACAGGUGGUGAACAACAUUUAAAUACAACAGCUGGAAAUUCACCUGAAAAAAUUGAAUAUUUAAUGAGACAAGAAGAUGCAAAAUAUAUUCUUAAAUGGCAUUUUGGUGUUAAAUUAUUUCGUGCAUGGAUUGAAAGUAAAAAUAAACCAAUUAGACAACGAUUAUUUCAACAAAAUGCACGUAUUAGAAAUUUAUCAUCAUCAAAUGAUAUUGAUAAUAAUUUAUCAAAACGUCUUUAUCGAUCUGAUCUAUUAUUAUAUCGUGCUGAUGAAUUAAAUACAGGACUUUGUCUUUUUUUAAAAGAAAUUCGUGAUUUAUAUGAUGGUGAUUCAAUUUAUUAUCUUUGUUUGGGUAUUCAACAUUAUUUACGUGAAAAUCGUUCAUUAUCAUCAACACGUCGUUUAAAUCAAGGACAUUUUUAUCGUACAGAAUCAAUUUUUUUUGAUUCAACAUUUAUUCAAUUUCAAUCAAAACUUCAUUCAAUACUUGUUCGUUUUUGUCAUAGUCGUGAUCCAUCACGACCAUUAUCAAUGCGUGGACCAACAUCAUCAAAUAUAGAUGAUCGUCCAUCACGUAUUGAAGAAGAAUUAUUAUGGGAAGCUAAACAAUUAGGUGCACAUACACCAUGGGUUUUAUUAAAUACAAUUUUAUAUUUCAAUACAAAAUAUUUUUUUCUUAAAACUGUUAAUGAACAUCAAGUUUUAUCAUUUUCAAAUGUUAGAAGACAUUAUAAAAGAAAUGUUGGACCACAUGGAGAAGAAUAUGGAAAAUCGGUUUAUUUAAGAUAUUAUCCACCAUCAACAACAAUUCAUGGAAUGGAAGAACAACAAUUAAUCUAUGAACAAGCUGAAAAUUAUGAUGAUCCACUUCGAUGUCCAGUUAAAUUAUUUGAAUUUUAUUUAACAAAAUGUCCUGAAAGUGUUAAAUGUCGACAAGAUGUAUUAUAUUUAUUACCUGAAGCAACAUGUGUACCUGAAUCACCACUUUGGUUUUCAUCUCAAGCAUUACCUGCUUCAACAAUGGAUCAUAUGUUAACGAGAAUAAAAACUGUACGAGAUGUUAAUGAUAUUCAUUUAUCAAUGAGUCAAACAUCAUUUGAUAAUAAUAAUAAUCAAGGACGAUCGUAA